AUGUCGCGGACAUCUCAGAAGAAGAACGUGCUGAUGGUCUGCGUGGGAAACAUUUGCCGCUCCCUCAUCGCCGAGGCUGUGAUGCGUGACUUGAUUGCCAGGGCGGGGGUGUAGAAGGAUUGGCAUGUAGAGAGCGCCGCGACAGAGGGUUGGCACCACGGCUCCGAGCCGGACGAGAGUCUGGUCAGUCACAAUAUCGAGUGCACCAGCGUGGCUGAUUCGACUAUAUCUUGGGCAUGGAUCGAAGCAAUAUGGCUUCCCACAAACGUCUGGCCCAACGCCAAGAUUCUUCUUUGUGGACAUUUCGGCCUGAAGCAGACGAGCGUUGCAUCGAGGAUGCAAUUAUAUAGAUUACAAUUAUAA